UCAGCUGUCGAAAAACAGCAUGUGUGAUUCUAUUGAUGGGCGCUUAAUUUAAUAAUAGUUCGAAAAUGGCCAACCCAAUAUUCUUUUCUGACUUAGAUGCAUUGAAACAGAGAAUAGAGGAGCUUGAAGAGUCCUCAAGGGUGAAAUUCGUUGUAUUAAACAAGGACAAAGCAUUUGGGAAGGCAGUCUUGUCGCUAUGGGAACUCUUGAGUGGGGUCACAUGUUUCGCGCUAGAACCACAAUGAGUUUUUAGCUACAAGAACACUUAACGUGAAAAAUGGUUCUCAUUUUGAAAAGUAAACACUGGGCAGGGUGAGGGGGGGCAUAGCAUGGAUGUGCCCCCUUUCUUAAUUCACAAUCACACAACGACGCCUCUCACUCUCUGAUGGUUCUUUCGUAGGAGUGUAGUAAAUCUUCCAUGAUUCUGUUGACAGAUUACGACUUUGCAGAGAAAACGUCAUUUCGUCUCCGUUGGGAAUAUGACGAAGACCAGCACCCGUGCAAGAUUCCCUUUACAGGUGUUCCUUUCGUUGCGGUCGGCCGCAAGACUAUGGAAUGCCACCAGGGAAAGGAUAGGAACAUCAGACAGAAGGAAAAGUAUGCCAUUCAAGCAGAGAAAUUAAGGGAAUCAAAGUCUAAGAGCAGGAAGAAGCAAGCGCUUUUACAACGGACAAAGAAAGUAAGCUGUCCGGCAACUAUCAUCAUUAUACAGAUUACAAGAUUGCAAGAUAUUAAGGUGAAAGAAAACAAGGAGUGGACCAAGCGGAUCGCUUCUGCAGAAUUCCGUAAGAUGCUAGCCAAGGGCCACAAACCGCAACAAAGAUCGGAGUUCUAUGCUCUGUUUCCUAAGGAUGAGGAUCAUAAAGGACAUCCCAUAAAGAACGAGGCUGCCGGUCUACGCGAACCAACCAUUCCAGAAGUUGUAGAGAGGGUGCGAUCACUCACUCGGGGCGGGGUCGUCAAGGUCAGCGAGAUGAAGCAGCACAUCGUCAGCUUCCUGCACAAAGAGUUGCACAUAACAGACACUCUCCGCCGAAGAUACAUGCCAACGAACACGGACAUCAGCAACAUAAUGGCCUCCGUGAAACGCAAGGCUCACCAAGACCCGGACAGCAUGUGCGAAUUUAUCAACAUGAUGAGGAAACGCUGCCCCAGCGAUCUGCUUCUCCAUCGACCAAACUCUCCCAAGCAUCCGCUGCUCUUCUGCUACCAAUCUACCUGGCAGAGUAGGCUCUUAAAUCGCUAUGGCAACCAGUUCUGCCUCCUAGAUGCCGUCCAUCGCGUCCUUGAGUGGUCAAGGUUUCUAUAUCUUCUGUAUGUGAGGACUAAUGUUGCAUAUGUUGCAGUUGGUGCCUUUAUCGUAGAGACAGAGGAGCCUGAUGUGGUUCGAGAGGCUUUGGAUAUUUUUGCAAAAUGGAACCCGAGCUGGAUGCCAUCUCACUUUGCGGUAGAUGUAACGGAUGUCCAAGCUGUGGAAGCAUGCUUUCCAGAUUAUACUGUCAGCCUGUCCAACGUUCAUUGUGAGAGGGCGUGGUCUGAACUUUUCUCAAAGGCUCCACAUCUGAAGAAGGAGAUUAUUCUACCAAUGCUCCGCCGCAUCGCACAUGCAGACACCAUUGGAAAGUAUGAAGACUUAAUGGGCCAACUGCUCAAUAACAGUGAUAUGAAAGAAUGCUCUUCAUUUUCAAGCUAUUGGUUACCUCAAGCAAAGAGAUGGGUGCGUUGUUUCCAAGAUGAGAGUUUCUACUUCACUGUGCAUGCUGCUGGUGGAUUAGAUAAACAAAAUGAAAUAUUUAAAUACGAUGUCAUCAAGCCAUACACCAAUGGUUCCAUCAAAGAUCUGGUGGCAGGACUUCUUAAUCAUUUCUUCCCAGAAUCAUAUAGAAAAUACCUGGAACGCAAUGCAAGAUCAUCGCCAGGCUACAGCCAUAGUAACGCUCAGAUUCCAAAGUUCCUGCAGAACCGACCAAGGGCUUUAGUCCAUCAUAUCAAAGAUCGCAUGCAGAAUGACAUUCCUAAAGGAAGCAUCGUGGAUCAUGGGAACGGACUAUUCGUGGUACAGCACGCCAAUGAAUGCCACACGUUACGAUUCGGCGAGGGUGCAGUCAUGCCGCACUGUACCUGCCGCGACUGGCAGACCCAUCUCCUACCCUGUAAGCACUUCUGCGCCGUUUUCCGACACUUUGAAUCGUGGCAGUGGGAGAAUAUGAGCUCCCUUUAUCAUAAUAAUCCUAUCUUCGCCUUGGAUGAUGCGUUUAUUGUCUCCAUGGAAACCCAUGCUCCGAAGGAUUCGGAAGACGAUUCUGAAGCGAGGCGGAAGGAAGCGUUGCAGGAGUGCAUGGAUGCUACCAGGGCCAUCAAUGCAGCUGUAAAGAGAUUAAGUGAUGCAUCUCAUAUUAUUAGUGUUACCAAGAGACUGAAGUGUCUUAUAGAGGAUAUUCAAUCAACACAACGGAAAGUCGAUCCUCCAUGAUUCACAUGGAUCAGGAAAUUUCUAGUAUACGGGUAAAUUGGGGUAAGUGGGACACUUCAGCAUUUACCUAAGCAUUACGAAAAAAGUGAAUAAUCAAUAGAGCAAUUAUAUGUCUCAUUUUGGAAUUUAUUAAGAUUUUAACGUUUUUAGAAAAUGUUUUUGUGAAAAAUUCCUCCAAAGGAAGGUCAAGGUGACAGUUAAUCAUCACUACUCCAUUGUCCCACUUACCCCGUCAAGUUAAGGUAAGUGGGACGGCAAAGUAAUAUAGAAUGAAAUGUUGUUUAAAAGUGAAAACAAAGAUCUCUGUCUUCAUAAACAUUGUUUAUACAUUAAGAAUAUCAUAAGAACUGGUCAAAAAUCUAAAGUUUCAAACAUUAUCAAGAAAUAUCAGUUUGUAAUUAAGAGUAUUGUUUUUUUUUUUAACCAAAGCUCAGUAGCACUUUCUAGAUGUGUGAUUCUGUAAACAAAGCAAGUAACUCCUUCCUCCUUCAUAUCCCUCCCCCUUUUGUAUAAGAAUAAACAAAAGGUACAUUAUAAAACAAAUAUAGUUACUUUCCCAUAUUACACCUUUUAUUUAUACAUUAUUGAAUCUAAACUUUAUGAAAACUUAAGUUUUUAUGUAGAUUAUAAAACAUUUUUAGGGUGGCAUUUAACACAGCAAUAACAAAAGUAAGGUUACAUAAAACCCAUUUUCCGUCGUUAAUGAUACAAAAUGCUCAUUAAGU